GGUGUUGACGAAUCUGCUGGUUCCCGGUGCUUGCGAGUAGAAGGACCGAAGGGGACGGGCCCUCAGUGGACAGAAAUGGCGAGUAUGGUCACCGAGAACGGGUGUGGAGGGGCAGAGGAGACCGCACAGCCGAAGGGACCGGGUCGGGGCGCGGUCAGGUGGGGUCCACAGCACGCGGGUGCCCGAGAGCUGGCCAGCCUGUACUCUCCAGGCAAAAGAUGUCAAGAAUGGAUUAGUGUCCUCCUCUGCUUCUCUCUCAUGGCCUUCAACUUUAUUCACCUUCUUGCCAAUUUCCACCUGGGACAUGUGUGGUAUAUACAGUUGGGGAUUGUGGCAGGAAUCCUCACUGCUGACUUUGCGUCAGGGCUGGUGCACUGGGGGGCUGACACGUGGGGAUCUGUGGACCUGCCCAUCUUUGGAAAGGCUUUUAUUCGGCCGUUCAGAGAGCACCACAUCGACCCCACAGCCAUCACCCGCCACGACUUCAUCGAGACCAACGGUGACAACUGCAUGCUGACCAUAUUCCCUCUCGCAAACAUGGCCUUCAACUUCCUCACUCUGUCCCCCGCGGAGAUCUACCGUUUCUACCCCUGGUAUUGCUACCUGUAUGCACUGGCCAUCUUCGUGACGCUCACCAACCAGAUUCACAAGUGGUCGCACACGUACUUCGGCCUUCCUCGCUGGGUGGUGUUCCUGCAGGACUGUCACAUCAUCCUUCCUCGCAAGCAUCACCGCGUUCAUCACGUCUCCCCUCAUGAGACCUACUUCUGCAUUACCACAGGUUGGCUGAACUACCCUCUGGAGAAGCUGGGUUUCUGGAGAACCUUGGAGGACCUCAUUCAGAGUGUGACGGGAGAGAAACCCAGGGCAGACGACUUAAAAUGGGCUAAGAAAGUCAAUUAACACUGAAGGCUAACUGCAUCCUACCUCAGAAACCCCUGGCUCUGCCCAGGCUUCGCGUCCCGUUUUCUUGCCUGAUUUACAAACUGCAGUUCACAGGAUGAACAUCUAAACAGUUCUGAUGCCAUAGCUUUAAGUCUUGCACAUUUUUUUAAUUUUAAUUUUUCGCAAUGCGAGGGCUCUGUCUCUGGGAUUUUCUUUCACAGCUCUUCACAUUUUUCAAACUGCAAUAUAUAUGCUCUUUCAAAUAUUUACACAAACAACACUGUUUGGGGGUUUCUGGUAGUAGGGUUUCUGCUAGUAGCAAUAAUCUGACCUCCAAAAGUCAGAUUAUUGCUCACCUAAAAAAAAAGACCCAUAAUAACCAGCGCUUUGGAGAACCAACAUUCACUUAAGUAGGAGAGCUUAUGUUUGCAUUUUACUCCUCACUGCUUUACUCUCAGUUGGACCUCUAAGCUCUAAGGAAACAGUCUGAUGCGGGAGUCAUAGAAGCAGUAUGGCGGGGUUUAUAUAGGAUCUGUACGGUUACCAAAUGAUGAUGGCUUGUGAUCAAAUUAGGAGGUUUUUAGUUUAAUUGUCUUUUUGCACAUUUUGGUUCAGCUCUGCACAUUUUAUUUUUUUACAUUUGUUAGGAUAAACUAAAAGAAAAUGUAUUAAAACAUUUUUAUAUUUUUUUUUCUUGGUCCUUAAGAGUUUUAAAUUCCCAAAGUGGUUUCUAAAACACAGCCGUAACGGAUAGAUCAGCUCUAGCUUGAGAACCAGCGUGACCAUAAAUCUACUAAAUAAUCUAAAUUAUAAGGAAUCAAGCGAUGAUACGCAAAGUCAGAAAGUCUUGGAUGAUUAAAGCAAGUUUAUUUCCGUUGCUUGUGCUUUUGAGACAAUUCUGUGCUUUUCUUCAAAGUGGGAGGGCUUCAUUUUUUAAAUCUGUAUUAUUUGCUGGAAAAGAGGCGCAUGCUGAUUGGUCAAGCUGCCUUACAUGUCACAGAUGCAGUACUUUGUGUCGUUGCUUCUGCAGCACUUCGGGGGCGUUAGUGGCAAGAGUGUCACUGCGGGCUUUGUGUCCGAUUAAUCCAACACAAAUGCCUCAAAGUUAUUGUGCCAGCUGUGUGUGUGUGUGUGUUGUUUUCAGUCCUUGUUAGUCUUUUGUUUUCAGCUUCUCGCUUUCCGGGGAUUACAUUCCUGUUCGGAAAUGUUGCCGCUGUGUACUCUUUUGGUUACUGUUACAAACAUUCUCAUUCAUAUUUUAAGGGCUUGCGAUAAAUCGGAUGACCUUUCUCUCUCAGAAAGGAUUCUUUAAUUACUGUUGUUGUAGUGCUUCUGCGGAUGCUCUGUUCUUCUUCUUUUUUUUUUUUGUUUAGCUAGUAUCUAUGCAGUGUAAUAGGAAGCCUGUAAAUGUCUUAAAUCAACUGUUUAGGUUUGACAUAUUUCUUUUUUCUAAUAGUUUACACGUUUGCUAAGUUUGAAGGAGUUAACCUGGAGUUAAAAGCAGCGGCCUGCAUGUUGAAGUAAAUUUCACAUUUUAAAGAUGUAACUCGCAGCAGGCUAAAGGAUGCUCUCUGUACGGCGGCUUGUAAGAUGCUCACUCCAUCAGAGCUCGUUUGUGCGAAGCCGAUGUCGACUCAGGAGCUCUUUUCUCGAUCUAAACGAUUUGAUCCAGUUUUGCUUUUUAUUUUUUCCAACCUUUUUCUUUGUGUCCAUCACAGAAAGCCUUAUGUAGACGAUGCAAUGAUUCAUACACACCGUCGGGAGGGAUUUGUACCCGCUUUGAAAACUGAUUUUAUGUAUUAAUUCCUUUAGAAUAUUCUAAUGGUAUGAUACCUCGAGUAGAAAUGUUACGGUUUCUGGGUAAAGACACAACAUUUCUAUCUCAACAUGUAAAAUCUAAUAUAAUUACCACAAAUCAGAACCAUAACAAAUAAAUAAAUAUAGUUUUAUGUGUUUAGAAACUAACUACUUAAAUAAAUUAAACAAGAUGAUUUGAGCAUUUUAUGUUUAAUCAUUUUCAUAAUAAAUCAAAUAUGCAAUUUAAGAGUUCUACCAAAAAACAGGCAAUAUAUGGCUAAAAAUAGAUUUUCU